CUCCCAGUUCUAAAGAGAGGCUGUUUACCAGAAGAGCAUAACAAGGGCAGGUCUGACUGCAAGGCUGAGACGUGGAGGCAGAGCUGCCGCCAAGGGGACCCCAGUUGGUCAAUCUGCAAGAUGAAGGUGGUGAGGAUGCUGUUGGCCUGGGUGCAAACAUUCCUUAUCAGCAACAUGCUCCUAGCAGAAGCCUAUGAAUCUGGAGGCUGCUUCUGGGACAACGGCCACCUGUACCAGGCGGACAGACCCUCCCCCGCGCCAGGCCUCCGCUGUCUCAACUGGCUGGAUGUGCAGAGCCGCCUGGCCUCUGCCCCCAAGUCGGGCGCCGGCAACCACAGCUACUGCCGCAACCCGGACCUGGACCCGCGUGGGCCCUGGUGCUACGUCAGCGGCGAGGCCGGCGCUCCGGAGAAGCGGUCUUGCGAGGACCUGCGCUGCCCAGAGUCUAUUUCCCAGGACCUGCCAACCUCCAGGACAGAAACUGAGGAGGCGUCUGAAGUGCCAAGUGGAGAUGAGGUGCGGUUGUUUGCUCCUGCCAAUGCCCUGCCCGCCCGUAGCGAGGCAGCAGCUGUGCAGCCAGUGAUUGGAAUCAGCCAGCGGGUUCGGGUGAACUCCCAGGAGAAAAAGGACCUGGGAACCCUGGGCUAUGUGCUGGGCAUUAGCAUGAUGGUGAUCAUCAUUGCCAUCGGAGCUGGCAUCAUCUUGGGAUAUACCUACAAGAGGGGGAAGGACCUGAAAGAGCAGCAUGACCAGAAAAUGUGUGAGAGGGAGAUGCAGCGAAUCACCCUGCCCUUGUCUGCCUUCACCAACCCCACUUGUGAGAUCGUGGAUGAGAAGACAGUUGUGGUUCACACCAAUCAGACUCCAGUCGACCUUCAGGAGGGCAGUGCCCCCCUUAUGGGCCAGGCAGGCACUCCUGGGGCCUGAGCCCCCCACAGUGGGCAGGAGCCCAUGCAGAAACUGGUGUAGGUUGGCCUACCCUCCUACAGCUGGGAGGAGCUACACUUUUUGUUGUGGUUAAAACCCUCCCUUCACUUUUUUUUUUCCUUUUUGUUUUUGGUGAAUCCUAAGACAGAAGCAGAUGGCGCUGUCGGCUGAGGGCAAAACUGGGUAGGGUCCUA